CAUUAUGAAUAGGAAAAGGUUGGAUUAGGGCACAGCGCAAUUGUCUCUCUCUUUCUGCUGAAGAUGAGAAGAAUUUAUGGUCUCUCUUUCAUGGCUACUUCUCAUUCUGCUUCGGUCAGAGUUUAUACAAAUAAAUCCAAUUGUAAACUUGGGAAGGAAUUCAAGUGCUUAGAUGAUGCUGUUACUCUCUUCCAUCAAAUGGUUAGAAUGAAGCCUCUUCCUUCAGUUGUCGAUUUCUCUAAAUUGUUUAAGAAUAUGGUAAGUAUGAAGCAUUAUUCUGCUUCCCUUUCCCUUUUUCGAGAAAUGCAGAAAUUAGGUAUCCCAAUUAGUGAUUUCAUCUUGAAUAUCAUGACUAAUAGUUAUUGCCUGAUGCAUCGUGUUGAUUGUGCAUUUUCGAUGUUACCCAUUUACUUGAAGAAUGGCAUUCCGUUUAAUACCGUCACUUUUAACACUCUAAUAAGGGGAUUAUUUGCUGAAAAAAAGUUUAAAGAUGCAGUUGAAUUGUUCAAGAAGUUGGUGAGAGAGAAGAUUUGUGAGCCCGAUGAAGUCAUGUAUGCAACCGUCAUGAAUGGGCUUAGCAAAAGGGGCCACACUCAAAAAACUUUAAGUUUGCUCCGUUUAAUGGAACAAGGGAACACUAAGCCCAACAUAUAUAUCUACAACAUUGUCAUAGAUUCCCUUUGCAAAGAUGGAAACUUAGAUGCUGCUAUCACUCUUUUGAAUGAGAUGAAGCAGAGAGGCAUUCCUCCAAACAUAGUGACAUAUAAUUCAAUAAUUGAUGGUUUGUGUAAGCUUGGUCAGUGGAGAAAAGUUAAGAUAUUGUUCUCUGAGAUGGUGAACCACAAUAUUUAUCCAGAUGUGCGCAGCUUCAACAUACUAACAGAUGGACUAUGCAAAGAAGGAAAAGUCGAAGAUGCCGAGGAAAUAAUGAAACACAUGGUCAGAAAAGGUGUAGAGCCUAAUAUAAUCACCCACAGUGCGAUAAUGGAUGGAUAUUGUUUGCGUGGUCAAGUGGAUAGUGCGAGGAGAAUUUUUGAUAGCAUGAUAGAUAAGGACAUUGAGCCUGACAUUUUUAGCUAUAACAUACUAAUAAACGGAUACUGUAAGAAAAAGAAAGUGGAUGAGGCCAUACAAUUGUUUUGUGAAAUUUCUCAAAAGGGAUCAAAACCUAAUAUCGUUACCUACACUACUAUCUUGCAAGGUCUUUUUGAAGUUGGAAGAACAGACGAUGCAAAAAAGUUCUUUGGUGAGAUGUUAUCUUCGGGGACCGUACCUGACUUAUGCACUCAUCACACUUUGCUUGAUGGUUAUUUUAAGUACGGACUUGUUGAAGAAGCUAUGUCACUCUUUAAUAAGUUGGUUGGAAAGAAAGAAAAUAUUGAUAUUAUAUCUUACAAUAUUAUCAUUAAUGGAUUGUGUAAAAAUGGUGAACUCGAUAAAGCUCAUGCUAUUUUUGAGAAGAUUUAUUCAAUGGGAUUGCUUCCGGAUGCGAGAACAUACAAUACAAUGAUAACUGGAUUUUGUCUAAAAGGGUUGUUAGAUGAAGCUAAAGAUAUGCUUAGAAAAAUGGAGGGGAACAAUUGUCUUCCAAACAAUGUCACUUACAAUGUUAUUAUGCAAGGAUAUCUUAGGUGCAGGAAAAUAAAUGAAAUGGUAACUUUUAUGAAGGAAAUGACUGGAAGGGGCUUCUCAUUUGAUGCAACUACAACUAGUUUUUUGAUAAAUGUUAUAAGAGAUAAUCCUUCCGUCCUUGAAAUCAUACCAGAACUUCAAUUAGAAAACAAGAAGUGAUCGCUUGGUUCAUUCGGUUAUGCUAUGGCUGUAAUAUAAUUUCCUUUAUCCCCGCAAAAGAAAUAGCAACCAAUGCAAUUGCAGAAGCUGAUGGCAAUUAGAAUGUUGCUCGAGUUUUUUAGGCAGACCUAUUGAGGAGGCAUAGUGCAAGGAGAAAUUGAAGCAAUCAUUUUUCAUGGAAAUGUACUCAAGAAUGUUGUUCUAUGACCUGUCCACUUAGUGAAUCCACUAAUGCAGCCACUUAUGUUUUCAUGACAUGAAUCGACCUCAGCUGCUCGUAUGGAAGAACAUGGUUUUGAAAGCACUACAAUAUCUGACAUUUUGAGAGACAAGGGUAAAGGCGCUAAUGGUUCAUUUACAAUGAUGUCAAGUUUGUUUGUGUGGGUUGUAGAACAAGCUCAUCACGGUCGCACCAGAAACUGAAGUACGAAAGUGAUGCAAUUGGUGACAGAGGUGAUUUACAAGGAUGACUCUGGAGGUGACUAGUCUUGAACUUUUGACCUCAUUUGUUCCACGGGCAAAACUUCAAGUUUAACAAGUUUUGACUUUUGCCUCGGAAGGUUUGUCCAUGUAGCAAGCGGGGGCCAAAAAUUCCAAGACCACGUAGGUGUAAGCUCCUGCAUGGCAUGGGGUGAUAGAUUUGAUUGCAUUUCCUAUUGCUUGCCUGUUCAGUUUCUCCUUUCUUGCCCUUCUUGGUAUUUUACAUUUAUUUAUUCAUUUUUGAUCUUGUAGAGUGUUUUUGGUAUUUUAUAACCAUGAAAAUGAAUCUAGAAUCUAUCAUAUAUAUCCUUCGGGUGGCCCAAUGGUUUGGGCUUGGGACUUUCUUGGAGGUCUCAAGUUUGAAACCCCUUACCAACGAAAGCAAGGAAAAGUAAAGAUUCAGUUUCAUGACCGUAUUGACACAUAACUUACAAGGUUCAGGCAGUGCUGGGAUCUCUUCCUAAUUAUCCAAUUUGUUUUUUGGGAAAUGUUCUUAAAUUACAAAUAUACUCUAUUCUAUGUUAUGAAAUAUCAAGUCUUCUAUUUGGUGUUUACCCUCUUAUUCUCUUACGUCAGU